CACCUGGACGAGAGAGCGACAAAGGAUUAAAAACGGUUGAUCGAGAGCCCUUAUCAAGAAGUACUAGCCCCGGUCGAAUACCCUGCCGAGGAUCCUAGUCUCUAUCAAGAGAGGAUCUCGUACUAUCUGUCUGAGCCUACGGAUAUGUCUGGAUAUUCACCUCACCAGUCCGGGGCCCCCUCAGCUGGUCCACUGCCCGGGCAGUCGGAAUACCCGUCUCUAUUCCAGUCCACUGCAGAGGUCCCACCCUUCUACGUCUCCUACCUCUGGUGGGAGGACGAAGCGGCCACGAUCCUCUGGGCCUUCGAUGUGGAGAAAGUCAAGCGUGUCAUCCGCUACAGUCUCUUUCCUGAUGAGAACUUCCCGCGAAAGGCCCUGCAGAAUCGCCACGGGAACACCGUCGAUGACUUCCUUAGUGGCCUGGUACAGCCUCACGAGAGGAACUUCAUUCCGAACUUGUCGCAAGUCCAGAAGGUCGAGGAGAUCAUGCGACGCUGCCGAAUUAGUAGCCCUCCGCCGGCUGCCUGGAGCUGGUUUCCGGGCCAGAAGGCUAACGAGCCGGACCCCGAAGCUAUUGCUAGAGGUAUUGACACGGAAAGUUUUCUGCACUUCACACGCAUUUCGUUUGAGGAGCUUGUCCGGUACGCCUUGGGAUACAAGGUAGCUUCUGUUGAAUGGUUUCUUCAACAACAUACGGCAUUGUAUGUCCACCUGCUGGACUACCUCAGUGCGUUUCCCGAUGAGAUAGCUCGGUAUGUCGAAGUUGAAACGCACCUUCGGAGUCGGAGCCCCUUCGCCCACCGUGCUCUGGUUCAUUGUCUGCGCACCGUGAACCCAGGGCAAUGUGCAUCGAUGGAGACCAGCGCCGGCCUGGGUUUUGAAUUCAUCGCAGCACCCAUUCAACGCAUAUUCCGCGACCUUCCGCCCAGCCUAACGAACAUCCUCAAGGUGUUGUCCGUGUUAGGUGUGCGGUUCCAACGAACCUACGUCCAUGCGCGUGAGAUGGACUGGACCCGGCCCUUCAACGUGGCUUUCUCGUUUCUGGAGGAUUUAUUGGAUGCUACCUCUCCGGUUGAUUUUGCGCGCACACUCACGAGUGCUGACGAGGAACAAUUUGCGACGCUGACUCCACAAAGCUUCGUGACCCAGGAUGCGACGGCCAACAAUCUGAUGAAAAGAUGGGAGAUGCAGAGCAUUGAUGUCUGGGAGUGCUGCACGGGGCUCCCAGAGAACAUUGCCUACAUUCAAGAAUGUCUACAGGCGCUUUUCGCUAUUCGGAACUUCCAUUCUCUGACCGCAAUCCUCGAUGGCCUUCGGAAGUACAGCCUGACUGAGUCGACCAUGGCCACUGCAGCUAACGGCGCCGACACCGUGGCUCUGAAAUCAGUGACUCCACCCAGCCUGUUGGAGCUUCUAGACCCCACGGACAAUUUUGCCACAUACAGACAGCUCUAUCAGGCAUCGCCCGGGAUUCCAUUCCUAUUCCCGCACAUCAGAGAGUGCCAACAAGGCGGUCAGCCGCCGUUACGACAGCUGUUCCAGCAAAUGCAACCAAUCAUGGACUGAGAGGUGAUAUGGCACAGGAGUGUGAUCUUGCUU